CAAUUUUCCCCAAAAAAAAAAAAAAAAAAAAAAAAAAAAAACACAAAGGAAAAAAGAAAGACUAUGAGCCGGAAGCGAGACAAACCCUACUUCUCCCGCCACGUCCCGGCCUCCGUCGCCAAACGACGUCGUCCUCAUCCCCAUACUUCGCCGGCGGUGGAAGUCGAGGAAGACAAACCCAUUGCGAAGCCAGCCCCGCCGCCGGCGCUGGUGGUCAUGGGCCUUCCAUCGGACUGCUCCGUCCUCGACCUCAAGUCCCGCUUCGAGAUCUACGGCUCCAUCUCCCGCAUCCGCAUCGACCGCGAUGCGGUCGGCUACGUUGCCUAUCGAUCCAAGGACUCCGCUGAAGCUGCCAUUGCCGCUUCCCUUGACCCCUCUUUUGGGAUCACCAUUCAUUCCCAAAAGGUAAAGGUAUUGUGGGCAACUGAUCCACUAGCUCUGUGGAGGGAAGGAGUUGCCAGCAAGGAUAAUGGGUCAUCUUCGUCGAAGCUUUUAAGGGCUGAAGUGCCUCUAAGUAGGCAUGGAAGAGGUAACAAACUUGCUUCAACAAUAGUGAAUCCCAGGAGUGGAGAAGAUAGUUCGGCCUCAGCAUUAGAUGUUCCUUUCAGGGGCAGAGAAAUCAUUGCUUAUGAUGAUAUUUUGUAACUUUAUUAUAAAAGCUUUAGGCUUAGAGAGGGCUUAUAUUCUCCUCUUUUGUAAAAAUAGCAUGAGAAUUAGGUUAGGUACAAGUUUCUGUAGGUCUGAGUCUUUUUCUUCUGUUUAUGACUUUUUUUUCCUUUCGAGUGUUUGCAUAGAAAUAGAAGGUCGUGUUGUCUUGUGUUUGGUUUACAAUGUGUUCCUUGUUCUGAAGAUCCAAGAUCUACCUUGUAAGAAGUAAUAGAUGUACUUUGUCUUGAUUGAAGAAUGGAUGAAACCAUAGUUUUGCCAA